GAGGUCGGCGCGAUGUCCGCGGAGCUGCUCCGCGCGGUGCUUUGGUUCUCCAACGCCUGCGGCCUGCAGCGCUGGUCCUGGGAGGACGGGACCGCGCACGGUUGCCGCCGCAGGGGGCCGAGCGGAGCGAGGUGCUGCUGGCGCUGCUGCCGCUGCUGGACGAGCUGGUGCGGCGGGAGCUGCUGAUCCUGGGCGCGGAGCGGCGCGGCGACCUCGCCGAGGCCCGGCGCCUGCGCGACGACCGCAGCGCCCGCCACCGCGCGCGCGACGAGUGGGUCGCGGCCUGUGCCGCGGAGGGCGCGGCCUCGCCGACGGCCAGGCGGCUGUACGAGCGCUUCGAGACCCUCACCGAGGCCCGCGCGGACGUGACGGCCGACGAGGGCUCGUACCCGCAGGGAUUGGGACCGUGACGAGCAGGCCGUGGCCGAACUGCGCGCCGCGCGCGCCGAGCGCGCCGGGCCCCCGGGCGGCGCGCCGGCGAGCCGGAGAGCGCACGGCGACCAGAGCUCACGGGCUUCUUCCGCAUCGCCGCGCGGGCGGUCUCCUCCGCCCAGAAGCUGCGGAGCGAAGCGGGGAGCGUCGCGAACCCGUGGCGGGAGAUCAGCUGAGCCUCGCGCGCUGGGGGCGGGGGCUGCUGCCGCUCGCCCUCGAGGGGGGUAUACACAUACUAGACUUCUGUC